CAAUUUAAAGUGAGACUCAACCUACUAACCCAUAAACAUCCUUAAACCAACACUUCCAGAUCUUUCUCUCUCUAAUUCCUUAUCCCAUCUUCUCCACUUUAUCUUUCUACCCUGCAAAAACAAUGGGGAAGCAAAAGAUAGUGAUUGGCAUCUCUAUGAAGGACCAGAAAGCUCGUACCAAGGCCUUCAAGAUUGCUGUCAGCCUCUCAGGAGUCGAUUCCGCCUCUAUUCAGGCAGAGAAGGGGCAGUUAGAGGUGGUGGGCGACGUGGACGCGGUGGCUCUGGCCAGCCAGCUGAGGAAGAGGUUGGGGCAGGCGGAGCUUCUAAGCGUCGCCUCCGCUGAGAAAAAAGAGGAUAAAAAGGAAGUGAAAAAAGACGAAACCCCAAAACCACAAACAGUGACAAUCACUUAUGACCCUUCAGCUUCGUAUCAUUAUGCAGCUCCUUACCAAUACCAUGCUUACCCAGUUCAAGAUCAACAACCAGAGUGCUCUAUUAUGUAAACAUCAAUGUUGAGGUUUAAUUUGGUUUUCAAUUGGCUUGUAGGUGUUCUCUGGUUUUUCUUUCUUUCUGAUCUCCUCUUUGGAAGUCAAAGACAAUGUACAGAAGGGCAGUUGAUGUUAUGGUUCUUCUACCAGAAAGUCAAGUUCAAAAAAUAAAUAGACGUACUACUAGUGUUUUAGGAUCAUGUUUCACAACUUUUUUGAUGCCUGUAUCUAAUGAUAACUCAAGAAAUCUGGGCAAA